AUGUCUUAUACUAUUUUACUACCUUCGGUAUUGUACCACGGAGGCCAAACCGUGGGGUUGACGUGUACUCCACCAGAUGCGUUUCCUUCUCUCAACGGUUCCGCUUUCAAGGUUGCAGCGGUCCGCGAGCCUCCAGUUAGCUUUGCGCUACCUGUAGGGCUCAACAAGACGUGGGUGGAUUUGGACCUACAUGGUAAUAUAGCUCAGGCAAUCGAGAUAAUCCAGGAGGCAAAAGCAGAAAAUGUUGCUCUCAUCGCGUUUCCUGAGCUCUGUUUUCCUGGCUAUCCAGUGGGAAUAAACAUGGCCUACACGCCUAGGAAUCUUGAGCAAUAUGUAUCUCAAUCCAUGUCCGUUGAUGGCCCGGAAUUUCAACAACUGCGUGACAUUUGGUCUGACGGAGAUCCCGCCGGGUUCGUGGUUAAGAUCACCCCGUAUGGCCGUAUCGGCAUGCUCGAGUGCUGGGAACAUUUUCAUCCGACUAUGUACUUCCCCAUGCUGGCACAGCUAGAGAAUAUUCACAUCGCCGCAUUCCCCUUUUCGGCAGAUUUAGGGGUCGACCCAACAGCUUGGAAGGACGGCGAGGUAAGUCUCGCCGCAGCGCGCUGGUAUUCGGCGAACAUGGGCGGCACCGUUCUGAUGCCGGCAGCGGGGUCCGCCGCUAUCUUUGUCAAUGGUGGUAAGACAGCCAACAUCACCAAUGCAACGGCCAAUCUCUCCUGGAGAUACGUGACAACCACCAUCGACACCACUCAGUUCUUCAACACUGCUUUUGACAUCAAUGGUGAAUAUAGCUGGGCUGCACUGAAGCAGGUCAUUGAGAAUUAUCCUUCCUAUAUUCCAAAGGUGGAUAGUAGUUUCUUUGACAAGAAGACCGUCAACAUUCACAAUAUCACUUCUUGA